CCGCAACCUGCAUGUUCGUCGCGCGCCGGCUGCACACGCGCGCUCUCAAACAUGACAGCCGAUGGUCCGGCUGGCAGGCCGUCAUAGGCAUAGAGACCCACGCACAGUUAAAGUCUAAGCAAAAGCUUUUCUCGGAGGCGCCGACGUCGGACUUGGGUGAUACACCCAACACGCAUUUUGUGGCAUUUGACGCCGCGUUUCCUGGCACGCUACCACGUCUGAACCAGGCUUGCGUCGAUUUAGCCCUUCGCGCAGCGCUUGCGCUGAAGUGCGAAGUCAACCCCCGCUCUUCCUUUGACAGGAAACACUACUUCUAUUCUGAUCUACCUUCGGGGUAUCAAAUCACCCAGCACUAUGCUCCCUUCGCCCGGAAUGGCUCCCUACUGCUUGAGAAUUCCACCGUACGGAUUCACCAGAUACAGCUGGAGCAGGACACGGCGAAGUCCACGACCGUCCCCAGAUUGCGCAAAUCGUAUAUCGACUUGAACAGAGCGGGGACGGGCCUCAUAGAGAUCGUCACUGAGCCAGACAUGAGCUCUCCGGAAGAAGCCGGCCAAUACGUUCGUGCUUUGCAAUCGGUGCUUCGAACGGUUGGAGCGAGCGAUGGCAACAUGGAGAUGGGCUCACUUCGCUGCGACGUGAACGUCUCUGUCAACCGAGCAGACGCGCCGCCAGGCUCGGGCACGCGCUGCGAAGUGAAGAACGUCAAUGGCGUCAAGUUCAUCAUGGCCGCCAUCAAGCACGAGGUUGCACGGCAGAAGGGCAUCCUCGAGUCUGGCGCCUGCGUUGAGCAGCAGACUCGGGGCUUCGACCCGAACACGUUCGAGACGUACGCCUUGCGGUCGAAGGAGGACGCUCAGGACUACCGCUACAUGCCCGAUCCGAACCUUGGUGUGCUGAGGAUUGGCGAGGAUCGCCUAACACGGCUUCGCGAGACUCAGCCACCACUUCCCUGGGAAACUCGCGCACGUCUGCGAGAUGCUUAUGGCCUCUCCAAGCGCGACGUCAACACCUUGAUGAAGCUCGAGGAAGAGUACAUGGGCGAGCGCGUACCGGCCGAGGGUUCCAUUGGCGCCAUCUCGUACCUCGACCUCGUCUGCCAGUCUGGGAAGCGAGACCCGAAAGUCGUCGUCAAUUGGAUGACCCAAGACCUGCUUGGCCAACUGUCCGCCCAGCAACGCACCUUCUCCGACAAUCCGUUGACCGCGGACGCCUUCGGGCAGCUGAUAGACCUCGUCCAGGGCGGGACGAUCACAUGGACGUCCGGCAAGCACCUCCUGCGCCACAUGCUUGCCAAUCCGGAGGCCCCGCCCCUGGAGCUCGCGGAGGCACAGGGGUUUGUGGUCGGGCAAGACAAUAGCGGUGGCGGGGGAGACGGGUUAAAGGACCUCUGCGCCCGGGCUCUCGCGGCGCAGCCGGCGGAGGUGGCGAAGUAUCGCGCGGGGAAGGUGAAUGUGAUAAAUAAGAUACUGGGGUGGGUGAUGAGGGAGAGCAAGGGCAGGGCGGACGCGAAGGAGGCGAAGGCGAUGUUGGAGGAGCUUUUGAGGCAGUGAUUGGGUAAAGAGUGCAUGCUAGUAUAUCGGUCGUGUCCAUCUAAUGCUCCAGGCUACAAUGUCGAGUCAUCGAAGAAAGAGGGAGUGUGCGUAAGAUAUGGACGGUAACAGAAGCCAGGUAGGGAUUAGUCCAGCUAAUAGAGUCCACCAAUCAAGAGUACGCCAACGUGGCGAACGUAGUGAUCGCCCCCGCCAUUGCG